GGCGCGGAGGCGGCGCCGCCGCGAGGGGUGGAGCGCGCCGCCGAGCCUCGCUCUCGGAGUUUUGACAGUCCCUGAGCUGAAAUUGUCAGCCGCCGCGGCGAGCGCUGGAAAGUUGAGAGGAGCUCGUGGCCCCAGAACAAAGCUUGAGAAAAACCAUGGUGAACCCGGGCAGCAGCUCGCAGCCGCCCCCGGUGACGGCCGGCUCCCUCUCCUGGAAGCGCUGUGCAGGCUGCGGGGGCAAGAUUGCGGACCGCUUUCUGCUCUAUGCUAUGGACAGCUACUGGCACAGCCGCUGCCUCAAGUGCUCCUGCUGCCAGGCGCAACUGGGCGACAUCGGCACGUCCUGCUACACCAAGAGCGGCAUGAUCCUUUGCAGAAACGACUACAUUAGGUUAUUUGGGAAUAGCGGUGCUUGCAGCGCUUGUGGACAGUCCAUUCCUGCAAGCGAACUCGUCAUGAGAGCCCAAGGCAAUGUUUAUCAUCUUAAGUGUUUUACAUGCUCUACCUGCCGGAAUCGCCUGGUCCCCGGAGAUCGGUUUCACUACAUCAAUGGCAGUUUAUUUUGUGAACAUGAUAGACCUACAGCUCUCAUCAAUGGCCAUUUGAAUUCACUUCAGAGCAAUCCACUACUGCCAGACCAGAAGGUCUGCUAAAAGGUCAGAGUAAUGCAGAAUGCGUGCCUUCAUCUCAGAUUUUGUUCAUCACAGGUGGAUCCCAUGUGUCUUCAGUAGACAAGUCACCUUUGUAGCUAGCACCAGUGCCAGCUCCAUGCCAUUGCACCUUCUUUAGUCUUGAUUGCCCUUCCCGCAUUUAUUGGUGUAUUAAAAUGACUGAAUAUGAACAUUAAGGACUCCAUGAACCUGGGCUAAUGGGAGACUGUAGAGAAAAUGAAAAAAGAUCCACCGGAGGACAUCUUUGGGGGGGAGGGAGAUUGGGAGGAGGGAAAUGACUAAUGAAGCUAAUUAAAAGAAGCAUUCAAAUCUGCUUUCUACCCUCAUUAACAAUUAGCAGGGCACUGGCCAGACUUUGUACCCUGUGUUUUACCUUAACAACAUUCUCUUUGCUCUUUGUAUAUUUAAGUGUUGUAAGGAAAUGUGUUUCAAUCAAACCCAAACAUGAGAUAAAGGAAAGAAAUGUGGCUUUUGUGAUGCUCUAUCACAAACACUUUUAUUGUAUCUCUGUAAAAUACAAUGUAUGUAUGCAUGUAUGUGUUUUUGUCCUAAUGUUGCUACUUCCAUGGCAAAGAAAAAAAAGAAUGAAAAAAAAAAAAGAAAAAAAUUUGGAAAAAAAGGCUCAUAGCAGCUGCUGUGUAGAAAUUUCCCCCUACUUCUAAUUUGCUGAAUGAAGAAAAAAAAAUCUUUUAUUUGUGAUAUUUUCAGAGACAUUUGCUCUAGUAUGGUGUAUUUAAAUAAUAAAAACUUAAAAGAAAAAUAAUC